AUGAAGCCUACGACACGGCUGCCGCUGCGGCUGGUUCCCCGGCUCGUCAAUGCCCCCGUCUUCAUCCGUCCGAUUCACUCGACCGUUGCGAAGCCCGCCAAUGUCGCCUCCAUCGUCGGGACCGGCCCGCCACCGGAGCCACCGCUGCCAGCCGCCGAGAAUGUUCACCAGCGUGUCGCGAGGCGGAGGAAGCAGGCUGAGAUGCUCAAGAAUGCCAAGGAGCUGCGGAGUGCGAGCGGUGGAAAGGGAGGCGGCGCUUUGAGGAAGAGGUUCUGGAAGGAUGUGGGAGUCAAGGAAGUGGAUGGUUCUUUGCAGAUCUUCCUUGAUACUCGACCAUUGAGGCACCCUGUAUCCAAGGAAAUCGUCCGCCUCCCGAUCUCGAAGCCCGAUCUCGCCUCGGCACUGGCUCUUGAAUGGGACCUCUUGACUUCGGCUCAAGAUGCGACACGACAGCAUUUGAUCCCUCUCACAAGUCUUACCUGCCGAGCGCUCGAUAUUGCUGAAGCCGACAAGGCCUCCGGAGCCGAGAUCUCGGAGGUCCGAAAUGCCAUCGCUACUACGCUCCUACGAUACCUGGACACCGACUCGAUUCUGUGCUGGGCGCCCCCGGCUAGAGAGCACGACUUGAAGAACGACGCAGGAGAGUCACUCCGAGAUGUUCAGAAGCGGACAGCCGAGGAGAUUGUGUCGUUCCUUACAACUCACGUCUGGCCAGGCAUCACCAUCACGCCUGUUCUUGACGGUCACUCAAUUCUGCCCCAGGCGCAGAGCCCCGGUGUCCGAGAGGUUGUGCAGGGAUGGAUCACAGGCCUCGACGCCUUUGAGAUUGCGGGACUAGAGCGAGCUACCCUUGCUGGCAAGAGUCUAAUUGCUGCUGCACGGUUCAUCGUUGAGUGGAGUGAGGGAUCGGUUGGCAAGGGCGAGCUCAACCAAGGCAACAAGUUUGGCGUCGAGGAGGCGUCUGUUGCUACCAGUCUGGAGGUUGACUGGCAGACGGGACAAUGGGGAGAGGUUGAGGAUACUCAUGAUGUUAACAAGGAGGAUGUGAGGAGGCAGAUGGGCAGCGUUGCCCUGUUGGUGUCGGGUGUCCGCAAGGCCUAA